AUGGCCGGCGACGGCGCCGGCGCGGCCGGGCUGCUCCUCCUGGCCCUGGCCGCCCUCGUCGCGGCGGCGGCGGCGGAGUCCGAGGGCGACGUGCUGCUGGCGCUCCGGGCGACCCUGCGCGGGCCGUCCGGCGACCGCCCCCCGGCGCCGCUCGACCAGUGGGUCUCCUCCGCCGGCACCGGCCCGUGCCAGGACCCGGUCUGGUACGCGGUGCGGUGCUCCUCCAACAAGGUGCUCGGCCUCCGCCUCGAGUACCUCGGCCUCCAGGGCAACGCCCCCGACAUGGCCCCGCUCGCGGCCCUCACGUCCCUCCGCGUGCUCAGCUUCGCCAACAACAACCUCACCGGCCCGUUCCCGCCCGGGCUCACCGAGCUCCCGGCGCUCAAGAUGCUCUACCUCUCCCGGAACCGCCUCAGCGGCGAAAUCCCCGGCGACACCUUCGGGGCCAUGAUGGGGCUCAGGAAGCUCUUCCUCGCCGACAACACCUUCACGGGCGCCAUCCCAGACUCCAUCACCUCGCCCAAGCUGCUCGUGGUGCAGCUCGCCAGGAACCGCUUCCAGGGCAACAUCCCGGACUUCGACCAGAAGGACCUCCAGCUCUUCGACGUCUCCCACAACCGACUCUCCGGCCCCAUCCCGCAAGGCCUCCGCCGGUUCAAGGCCGCCUCGUUCGAAGGCAACACGGAUCUCUGCGGCGCGCCGCUCGACGUUGCGUGCCCUCCGUCGGCGCUUCUCGGCGCCUCACCAGAUUCCGACUCAUCAGGCAGCCUGAGGGUCCUCAUGAUCAUCGCCAUCGCGGUGGUGGCGUUCGGCGGCCUCCUCGCCAUCAUCGGCAUAAUCACGGCGCUCAUCUCCCGCAACAAGGACAAGGACGAGCCGGCCGACGCCACCGAGACACCCGGCAUUGCCGCGGCCAAGAUGCAGUCCACGGCCGACAAGUCCAUCAAGAUCGCACAGGCUGACUCGGAGCAGCACGGCGUGGUGGCGCCGGUGCCGUCCAAGCGCGGCGGGCGGCGCGACGGGCUGGUGUUCCUCCAGGAGGGCCGGGAGCGGUUCGAGCUGGAGGACCUGCUCCGGGCGUCGGCGGAGGUGCUCGGCAGCGGCAACUUCGGCGCGUCGUACAAGGCGACCCUGGUGGAAGGGAAGCCCAUGGUGGUGAAGCGGUUCAAGGAGAUGAACGGCGCCGGGCGGGCGGACUUCAACGAGCACAUGCGACGCCUCGGCCGUCUUGUCCACCCCAACCUCCUCCCCGUCGUCGCCUACCUCUACAAGAAGGACGAGAAGCUGUUCGUCACGGAACACAUGGUCAACGGCGGCCUGGCUCAAAUCCUCCAUGGCGGAGCGACGUCGAGCCUGCGGCUGGACUGGCCGGCGCGGCUGAAGAUCAUCAAGGGGGUGGCGCGCGGGCUGGCGUACCUGUACGAGGAGCUGCCGAUGCUCACGGUGCCGCACGGGCACCUCAAGUCCUCCAACGUGCUCCUGGACGCCGACAUGGAGCCCAUCCUGAGCGACUACGCGCUGGUCCCCGUGGUGACGCCGAGCCACGCGUCGCAGGUGAUGGUGGCGUACAAGGCGCCCGAGUGCGCGACGGCGGGGCGGGCGAGCAAGAAGAGCGACGUGUGGACGCUGGGCAUCCUGGUGCUGGAGCUGCUGACGGGCCGGUUCCCGACCAACUACCUCCGGAAGGGGCGGGAGGGCACGACGGACCUGGCCGGCUGGGUGCACUCGGUGGUGCGGGAGGAGUGGACGGGCGAGGUGUUCGACAAGGACAUGCGCGACACCCGCAGCGCCGAGGGCGAGAUGGUGAAGCUGCUCAAGGUCGGCCUCGGCUGCUGCGACACCGACGUCGCCGCGCGCUGGGACAUCAAGGAGGCACUGGCGCGCAUCGAGGAGGUCCGCGAGCGCGACCCCGCCGACGACAGCAGCACCGCCUCCUCCUACCUCAGCGACGGCGCCGGCGCCGGCGCCGCGAACGACCACCCGCACUCCCUCUCGACGUAACGUAUAGCAAACGUAUGAAAAUCCUGGGCCGGCUGGCUGCACCGUGCGUGCAUCCAUGCCAGGGGUCUGUAAACUUGUGACGGCUUUGGUGCGUGUGUAAGAAUCGUUAGAGUUUUCUGAGGAAAAUGGAGGGCUUCACUGUGGGAUCUCGUCGUCGUCAGUCAAUCGUAGGGGGAGAUUGUUCGUGUCGGAAUAAGGCCGUUUUACUUGUGUUAAUUUUUCUGCGUGUGAUAUUGAUAAUCGUUGCAGGGGUGGUAUGCGAAGUAGCGAACGCCGUUGUUGUCAGAAUAAAGGAGUGUG